AGAUUUUUUUCUACAUAACCCCUUUAAAGAGAAAAAUGUUCCAUUUACAUGACCUGACUUUCAAACCUUUCUUACUGGUUCAGAAUGGAAGCUUCUGUCCACUGGAGUAGUCUUGCUGUGGUCCUUUGUCUACUUUGCAAAGGAUGGGAGGUUCAAUGUGACUGCAGUGAGAGUCCCUUAGCAAUUCAAGGGGGUAACUACACUUUGACCAAGAACCUGGAGAGUGGCACCUUGCUGAUCUACCAGUGUGCUGACGGCUACUACCCGUACCCCACUAUUACCCGCCGGUGCCGGUCCAAUGGUCACUGGCCUCCCCCACCCAGCAGGUUUAAUCAGAUUUGCAAGCUCGUUGAAUGCCCUGACCCAAAUGUCUUGGAGUAUGGAAAUGUUUUCCCAUUUCACGAAAAAUACACAGUAGGCUGCAACACCAGGUAUGAGUGCUACCCAGGAUACACUCUACAAGGUUCCUCCAAUCGUACCUGCUUAUCAAACGGGAAAUGGAGUGGCUCUACUCCCAUCUGUAGUCGUGACACUGGAGACACUUGUUCAGACCCUGGUGUGCCAGCAGGUGCCUCAAAAAGAGGGAGCACUUUUACUGCUGGUGGGACAGUGACGUAUUCCUGCAAUGGCAACAUGGUUUUGGUGGGAUCCAGAGAAAGAACGUGUCAGGAGAACGGCAGAUGGACCGGCAGAGAGCCUGCAUGCUACUUCAAAUUCACCUAUGAUACACAAUCUGAAGUUGCAGACGCGUUCCAGAGGUCGAUCAGAGACAGUCUCAUCUAUUUACCACCUGAAGAUGACAAUCAGCCAGGGAGAGAAAUCCGGAUUUCAAAGAAAGGGAAGCUUAACAUCUACAUCGCUCUGGAUAUUUCUGACAGUAUCGAAGAAAUGAUCAUUAAAAGAACAAGACAGGCCAUCAUUACACUUAUUAAAAAGAUUUCAACCUUCGCUGUGUCACCAAACUAUGAAAUAGUAUUUUUUUCCUCUGAUGUGCAUGAAAUUGUCAACAUUGUUGAUUUUUAUGAUGGCACAGAAAGUCUGAUUUCCGUCAUUGAAAAGUUGGAAACAUUUAAAAUAGGUGACAGGAGCACUGGAAAGGACUUGAAUGCUGCUUUGAAGAAAUUUGAAGAACGCAUGACUACGAUUCAACAAGUUCAACAGGAGUUUCAGGAAACGCGUCAUAUUUUUCUGAUCUUCACUGGUGGUGCGUACAACCUGGGUGGAUCCCCAGUGCCAACUUUAGCUAGAAUAAAGAACAUGGUCCACACGAGUCCUACAGGUGAAACCGGAUCAAGAUUACAUCAUCUCGAGAGCUACGUCUUCGCCAUCGGAGCUGACAUCGUUGAUGAUGACCUGCUGCCCCUCACAGUUGGACCUGAAGGAGAGACACAGUACUUUAGACUGAAAAAAGAGACUGAUUUAGCAGCAACUUUUGAUGAUGUAAUUGAGGAAAACUCCGCAAUGGAUCUUUGUGGUCUUCACAAAGACUACGAGCUGGAAGGCGACAGUGACAGCAAGCGCAGACGUUAUCCAUGGCGGGCGGUGGUUAGAAUUCAGACGGAGUCGCGGGUGAUGCUCUGCUCUGGAUCUCUGGUGUCAUCUCAUUUUGUCUUAACUGCUGCUAGCUGCUUCCCAUCUGACUGCAAACCAGAGAAUGUCAAAGUAGAAAUUGAUGACAAAAAUGGGAGGAAAGACAAAACUGUGAGAAAAAUAUUUUUACACCCAAAUUUCAACACUAAGGCUCGACAGGAUCAAGGCGUGACUGAGUUUUAUGACUACGACGUUGCUCUUAUUCAACUAGAAGAAUCCAUACAAAUCUCAACUCUUGCAAGACCCAUAUGCAUUCCCUGUACUCAGGACACCAAUAAUGCCCUCAAACUGCCUGAAACAUCAACAUGCGUCCAGCAAGAGGAGCUUUUGCUGAAGAAUCAACGGGAAAAACUCAACUUUUUAAGUGCAGACAGAGUUGGUGUCUAUGAAAAACUUGUCCAUGCCAAGUUUGGAAAAAGCAGAGAUUUGUGCAUCCAAAAGGUAUUAAAUGUACCAGGCAUGAGGAUCAGUGACCCAACGGUUGCUGUGACGGAUAACUUUCUGUGCACUGGUGGGGACGGAGACCACAUAUCGUGUGCAGGCGACAGUGGACAAGCUGUGUACAAGAUUCAUCAGAAUCGUGUAGUGCAGAUUGGAGUGGUCAGCUGGGGAACAGAAUCCCUUUGUCGUAGAGGAGGAAUGCAAAAGUCCACACGUAAUUCAAGAGAUUUCCACAUUAAUCUUUUUAAAGUGGUUCCUUUUCUUAAAUCUACCCUUGGAAAUGAGGAUCAGGACGAAUAUCCAGCCCUGAGAUUCUUGAGUGAUUAAAACUCAAGUAUUUCCAAUAAAGUGCACAUUUCGUCAGAA